AUUAAAUUUUUCUCAAGCGUAGCCUUAAAGAUGCUACUUCUCAUAAUGCUCCUUUUCUGGCCACAAAAUACUUAAAUAAACUGGUCUGUGAUCUAAUUUUAGAUCCCAUUCCUCAAUUUUCUCAUCUAAGUUUUGGACUGUGAACAAGCAGGAAGCAUAAAGAAUUUUCUCAUUUAAGUUACACGAGCAAACUGCUAAGAUUUUUACUUCAAAACGUUUAAAUCUGAACUUUAAUAUUUCUGAACAGGGUGCUAAGUUUUUUACUUCAAACCGUUUAAAUCUGAUAUUCUUUUCUAUGUAGAACGAGAAAUCGAAGGUUUCGAUUUUAACCGUACUGUAAACAAGCAAUAUAACUCCGUUGAGACUCUAUGGAGUUGAAAUGUUAAAAAUUUCACGGCUGAUAAACAUCGCUACCAAUAUUUAUGGUUGCUUUGCCGAUAAUGUUCGAUUAGUCUCCCAAUCUGCAACUGUUUAGAGUGCUAUAAAAUGUACUGCUAGAAUAGCUUCUAUAUUCUUAACCUACUAUCACCUAGUGUUUAUUCACAGACACUUGUCAUGUUAUUUGUAACCAGGCCUGAAAUUCCAAUUGGGUAUGACAUAUGUACAGUUUGCUGAGAAGUGUUUAGAACGUAUACUAACACGUUGGAUGUUUUUUUUUAAUAAAAAAUAAAAACAAAUUUUAAUCAGAGUUUUACCUAGAGACACGUCUUGAAAUGUUGUGGAAAUCUAAAACAGAUUAAUCAGAGUCGUACCCCCUUUAUGUGCUUUUCAAUAAUUUGUAUUUGGGAGAGAAUUUUUAGCAAUACCUUUUUUAAUCAGGAUAUAGAAGAUUCUGCUAAUAUAAGUCCUGCAAAGGACGAGUAACCCUCCUAUAGGUAAUUGAAGCCCUUUGGCGUUCAAUCAUUGGUUACAAAUGCAAGGGAUGCAUCAGAUAACGAAUUUAAGGCUGGGCUUUCCUUGAUUUCUGUAGAGUUACUGCUAUAUUAGCUAUUCAUUUAGAGGAGGAAGCAGACAAGCAGGGUAGAAAAUUGCUCGCAAGCAAUGUCAUUUAGAGGAAGAGGAGGAGGUGGUGGAAGGUUCGCAGGGAGGAGGACCUAUCAAGCUCCUAUUAAAGAUGAGAAUGGGAAUAUUAAGAAGCCUGAGCCACCUACUCUCUUUCAGGACAUAAAAGUAUUACCGGUACUGCUAGAGAUUGCAAUGAAGGAUGAAGAACUUGUGUCUAAGAGGAGAAAACUUGAUCAUUUUUGGGAACUAUCACCCUAUUACAUUGAAAAUCCAAAGGAGAAGACUGUGGGAGUGAUAGCUGAAAUAGAACGAUAUUCUGACAGGUAUAAACCAAAUGUGCGCAUAAAUCGUCCUCCACUUUCAUCUGUUCUAAAGCUUGCUGCAGCAUAUUUUCCUUCAGAGAUAUUGAACCAAGGUUCAAAGCGGGCCCGGGCAUACAAAGGAACAUCACAAUGGACGGUGCAACCAGAUGCAGCAGAUCUCCAGAAAUUAGACCGUCUUGAAAAUCUUGAGCAAAAGGCACAGCAAAGAAGUGAGAAAGUGGGAGAUAAAGAACCUGAUGAAAAGAAAGAGGGUGAAAAUGAAGAUGCUGAAGAAGAGGAGAUAGAGGACGAGGAGGAAGAUUUAGGAGAUGAUGAUUACAACCAGAAUUUUGGGUUCGAUGAUGAUGAAGACUAUUUGGAUAUGGAUGAUGGGGGAGACAUUGAAGAAGCAACAUAUUGAGCUUUAGCGAGUAUGGAAAUGAGGAUAAUAACAAUAAUAAUUGCAUUUCAAGAUACAUCUCAUGCAACUAAGGACAACAACUAAAUUACAGGGGGAGAAUUGUUAUGGGACUUUAUUCCCAUAAAAGAAUGUAAAGAUAUUUAUGUACUAAAGCGAGGUUUUUUAUUGUAAAGUUAAAAUAAAUAGAAAAGAACAUAAUAAGUUGUCAAGUUUUCAAGGGAUGAACUUAUGUAAUGUAAUGUAAUAAUUGUUAAAGAGGGGUGUGAUAGUUGGAAUUGCCUUUUAUUGUUGUAUAAAGCUUGUGAAAACUAUUAUGUAAGGAUAGAGUACAAAAAAAAAAGGGAAUUAUUGAGAGAUUGCAUGAAUGAGAUAGAUUCAGUUAGCCGACUGUGAGCAUUGGAGAAGGGGGCACAUAGUGUGUGUGCAACUCGGGGUACAAUGUGUACUUGAAACCAUCUUGGCUAGGGCUUGGGUGGUGGCACUUGUGUUGAGCAUUGUUAUUGAUGGAACCAACUCCUCUUUAGAGCGAUGUAGUGUGCUUCUUCCUCCUUGAUUGCACAUAGCCGAAAGAGGUUGAACUAGGGAUCCAUUCCAGGCAAUCUGUUGGUAUUCCGAUAUAUUUAAUUAUCAACAACAAUCAUCAUUUGAGCAAUGAAUUGGUACUUAUUAUCCUACAUUUUUAUCUAAGAAGUGCAUUUAAUUUCUCGCAUUUAAAUAUGAGAAUAACAUUAUGUUGCA